AUGAAUAAGAGUCUGGACGAAGACGAACAACGAAAACUCGCUGAGGCUCUACAACGUCAUGAAGAAAUUGUGAUUGCUAGUGGUAAUGCACUACCACCCCCAGCAUACGGAGGGUUAUGUGACAUUGAUGUGCAGGGGCACAUGCCGGUCAAACAAAGAGCACGGCUAACGCCAUUACAGGUACUGGAAAAGCUAUACAUGCUGCUGAAAGGACUACUACGAGCGAGAUUGAUCACGUUCUCCGACAGCCCAUGGGCAUCGCCCAUCGUAAUAGUGCUGAAGAAAAACGGGAUCGACAUCCGGUUGUGCAUCGACUACAAGCGAGUGAACGCUGUUACGACCAUUAUGGAAUAUGCAAUGCCCUUGGUGGACGAUUUGUUGACUGACAUGGAGACGUGCUUGUGCUCGCUUGAUGCACCAAGUGGGUUCUGGGCUGUGAUGAUGACGGAGAGAGCCCGAAAGGUAUCUGCUUUUGUAUGCACACUUGGCAAUUUCGAAUGGCGCUGGAUGCCGUUCGGCCUCAAGAACGCACCUAUGAUUUACCAACGGAUGAUGGACAACGCCUUAUGA